AAUACAGAGCUUUAUGGCUGGAGGUUUUACAAAGUACUUCAGGGCCUUUUAACUGUUCCAUAAACAAAUCGAAUAAGACGGAUUUGAGAUUUGGUACAUAAUUUGAUAUAUUAAGAAAGACUGUUAUGGAAAAUAAUUCUUGUUUGAGUGACUGCGAUGAUGUUUCUAAAAACGGCAUUCCUUCUUCGGAAUAUAUUUACGUUGUAUUAACGGCUGUAACGUCAGGGUUGUCGAUAUUUGGCGGAACGUGCAUUUGUGUUUUAUAUUUUACUUUCAAAGACCUCCGUUCACCAGGGCGACAACUGUUACUAUUUUUAGCAUUUUCGGACGCCAUGUUGGCUCUUGGAAAUCUUUUAGGGAUCAUUUGGCACUUGUACAGUGAUUCGUCUGUCAUAAACAGAAGUGAAGCAUACUGUGAUUUUCAAAGUGCAAUGACUAUUUAUUUCAGUAUGACGUCAUUUGCAUGGACCGUUACCAUGGGAGCAAGUUUGUUCGCCACCGUAGUGCUAAACAAGCAAAGUUUUACUGUGACUUAUAUGAAAUUAUUUCAUAUUCUAGCAUGGAUACCAGCCGGUACCGAACAUUUACUUAUAUAUUUGUGUGUUUAUCGAGAAAAUGUACGUAAUUACAAGAAUGAAAUUCCGUGUUUUAAAUCACAAAGUAUCAUCACAAUAAUUGCUCUCGGCAUGAAUGUACUAGGCACGGACACUACACUCGAGCAAGCAAGCUGGUGCUGGAUUGAUACCAGAGUCCCUAAUGUAUUGUUAUGGCAGUUUAUUACGGGGAAAUGUUUCGAAAUCGUAGCUUACGUAACAACAGUCGUAUUGUACACGGCCAUCAAGAUCUUCCUCGCAAGACAGGCAAAGAAGAAAAUAGGAAGAGUAAGCUCGAGGCGUACGAGGAGAGAUGUUAUUGCUGAGGCCAACAGGAAACUUACCUUUGUGCCUCUGGUCUUCAUCGUAUGCAGAAUAUGGGGGACAGUCCGGUUUCUUAUUGGAAAUUUUGCACACGACAUUGUGAAUGAACCAUCUGUAACAUGGAUUAAUCCACUGCAGGGAAUUGGUGACAGUGUCCAAGGUUUUGCAAACUUUGUUAUAUAUUGCUUUUCUACGCGAUCUAUUCGCCGACGGAUGUUUCCUUGUUCAAACAAAGUAGGAGACAUCACUGUAUACGGUACUGACAACAAUACAGUAAGGGGAGUUAAGAAGAAUGCAGUAGGCCCUUGCAGCAUAAAACCAGAAACAACAACAGUCUCUGCCGAUUUAUACAAAAGCAAAGUAUCUUCAGAUAAAUCUCCGCAACGAAUUAAUACAAAAUAUUCAAAGUAUGAAUCAACAUUCAAUGAAAAAGACACAACUACGACACAAGAAGACACUGCGGUAAAAUAUUCUGAAGUAUUUUCAUUACAUGCGGUCCAGUCUGGAGUGACAUUAGUGACACCAAUGGAAACGGCACUGUCUACAUCUGGAGUGGAAGCUGGAGAAGUGAAUACGUCUUGUUUUGAAAAUGAGACCAACAAUAAUUCAGUAGAACGACAAGAAACAAAAGAAAUGUAGCUUUCUACUAAAAUCACUAUUGUAAGAUUUUAAGUAAAUGUGAUACAUAUGAAAACCCGGCUUAUCUAGGCAAAAGGAGGUACUCGCAAAAUGAGAGCAUAUAUACAUAGACAUACAUAUAAGAGGAAGAAUAAACCAAGUGUGUGGUGCCAGAUAUAAAUAUUGAAAACAAAAUAACUCUGUUGGGGUGCUUUCUUUUUUCCUGCAAAAAUUCUUUCAUAUUCUAUGACAAUGAGUGUACCCGAAAAAGGCGAGACAUAGUCUGCUCCUGAAAAAUUGCGAUAAAAGAUAAAAAUCAUCUGGAGAUAAAACGGUGUGCAAAAAGCGACAAAAAGCAAGCCUUAUGGUGAGCCUGUUACGCGCAUAUCAUUACAGGUAUCUAAUUCUUACCACGGACACUCAAGUCGAAUAUUCUACAUAAUAACUAAAUCAGGAUCUUCUCAGCCCGAGGCUAGAUGGCCUGGAUGGAAGCAUGCAUUUCUAUUACCGUCAAUAACAAUGUUCGAUCGAACCGAGCCUGCAAUUUGUGCAUUCAUGUCACGUUAGACGACCUGUUUCUUUUCUUUUCUGCUUCAGCUCCCACCACCCACAACCACCCCUGCCGUAAAUUAAUGUCCUCUUCUGUGGCUCAGUUUGAGGCGUGUGAUUCCAGUUACGGUUGCGUUUGGUGUACUUUAUGCUUCAAGUCAUUUUACCUUUUCAGUUUGAAAACUAUCUGUUUAAUUACUUAAAGAAUAAUAAGUAUCUGUUUUGAACCGGUGGUGCGAUACAUACACAUUCCGUUUCUUUUAAGAUUUUUAAAGAUAUCUUUGCUAUAAACGAAUCAUUUAAAUAUAAAUGUUUUCCAACACGUCUGAAUUAUAUUAUUUAUUUAUUUUUGUUACAUGAUAUACCUAAAUAUUUAACAGCGAAUCAUUUUAUACGUCCGUUUUGAAAAAAAAAUGGACGUAUUAUGGUACGGCGAUGUCCGUCCGACCGUUCAAGACGUUAAGUCAGAAAGUAUAGCAGCUACAGCUUUUAAACUCUACAGGAUGACUAAACACCACUUGAGGAGAUCCCCUAUUGUUUUUUGUUCAAAUGUUGUGUUAUGACCCGUAAGGCGGAACUCUUGUUAUAUGAAAUAAUUACUGACAGAAAUGAUCAAAUGCAUGGGGUGAUCUUAAAUAGUUUAUAUGUCCACUAAUUUUUUAUUCUA